AUGAGUUCUACAGAUGUUCGAUAUCCUAAUGAAAGUAAUGUUGGUGCUUCAUCACCCCCUGUUGUUACACCACAUUAUAAUUCUACUCUACCAAAUCCACCAAAUGAUCCAUCAUCAACAAGACCUACACGAUGUGCUACUGGUGUACGUUUUUUUACAACAAUUCAUGGAAUAUUAAAUAUUAUAAUACUUAUUGCACUUAUUUGUGUAAUAAUAAGCGCUGGUGUAGCUGAUAAUGGAAGAAUUGCUGAUGAUUUUGCUUCAAAUUCAAGAGCAAAAGUUAGUGCUUUUCAUACACGUAAUGCAGUUCUUGUUUUUGCAUCAUUUGGUCUUGUUUUAAUUAUUGUUGAUACAAUUCUUCAUGUAUCUAGUUUAAUAUAUCGUUUACCAACUGCAUUUGAUUUAAUUUUUAUUAUUAUUAUGCUUGUAUUUGCUUUUAUAUAUCUUAUUCUUGGAUGUUGUUCAGCAGCAUGGGAACAAAAAGUACGUGAUAUACCAGAACCAGCCAAUCUAUUAAUACGUCAUAAAGGUGCUGCUGCAUCUGCUGCGUUCUUUUUAUUUGUGGCUAUGAUUGUUGUUGCAAUCGAUUUUGCCUUACGAUUAAUCAAUCGACCAGCACAAAGCUAUACUCCGUAA